UGUUGGUAUUCCUGCGGAGGCUAAACAUCACGUCGCGUGAUUUAUACGUGAUUUUAAUUCAAGUUAGUUUAAUGUAAUCCGUUUAUCAUUAAGCUGAUAUUUUGACGAUUAAUUGAUAGUGAUGUAUAAUAAAGAACAAUGUGUAUUUUUUUCUCUUUAUACAGUAAUUUUAAAUGGACUAAUAAACUUAAUCGAUUAAAUAUUUUCGUCGUAAGAAAUUACGCUUAGAUUUUUAGAUAAAAUUUUUUGUAUUGUUUAAUAAUAAUUAUUAUCAGCAUAUGACAAGAUUGACCUCACACACAACAAUGGCAGAAUCGGGAAAUACGAGCACAUUAGAGUGGACGCGUCCCGAUCAAGUGAUGCAAUUACAUCGUAUGAAAUUAAAGAAACGCGCACUUCAAGCGCGUAUAAAUAAAACAAAUAUCAACACUGGCGAAAUUCAACGUAUUGCUACAAACUUAAAUGGUAUUAAUUCCAAUAGUAAUGUAAUGCAGCAUAUACCUCAGAAACGUAAAAAUCCUUUUACAAUUAAUCAAUUGUGCAAGAAACAGAAAAAUAUAACGCCAGCUGGAUUGGAAAUAAGUAACGACAACACAUUGUUUGAAUUACUAAAUAUUGACGUUCAGCGAGAGAAGCAAACAAUAGAUUCAUCUGUAAACAACUCUUUAACUUUUGCCAAUGUUUUUUCAAAAUUGGAAUCGACUAGUCAAACUCCUGAUGAAAGUGUCCUAAAGGGAGAAAAGCAUAUUCCUAUAGAUUGGACGUUAAAAACUAAAGUAAGAUUUAUGUCUCCAAAACCUUUUCCAUGGAAUGGCAAAUUAAAGACAAGCGAAGAGGCAUCGGGUACCACAGGAUUUGUUAGAUGUCUAAACAUUGGAGAAAAAGAAACAACUUUGGAUACUAGUCUAAAUGCAAGAUUUCAUCAAUGCUGCUUGAUAUGGCAGCAUCCAUCAUUACCAUGGUUAGAAUUAUUUCCUCGCUCUGCGGGCAAAGUGAGCGCUAGCCUUGCAAAUAAUAUAUCACUGGCAAAUAAUCAAUGUAUGAAAGAUGCAUUGCAUAGAGAAUGGUGUGAUAGCUUUAGAUCAUUGUUUCAUUUGCUGCGAGCAAGGCAGUGUCCAUAUUUUUAUGUGUGUGCUAACACAUUUACCGUAUUGUUUCGUGCUGCUGGUAUCUGUGGAUUGUCGGAGAUUCAUGCUCUUCUAACACCUACUACACGUGGAUUUCGUCAAUCAUUAAAGCAAGAAGAAAUAGAAUACUCUAUGCCAUUAAGGAAAGAUUCUAAAAGACGAUCUGAUGGGGGAGAUUCCGCUUCUAUGACUACAGAUAUUAUGUCUAAUACAACAAAUCAUCAACAAAAUGAUAAUGAAGAGGAAGAGGAAGAAGAAGAAACUCAAGAUGCAUGGCUCAAAAGUCUUGGAGUAGAAAAUUCAGAAAUAAAAAGAAUUAAUUACUCACAGACAAGGAUGACGUUGGAGAAAGAAAGUGAAAUAGACAAUUUGAAACAAUCGCUUGUCUUUGUAAAAGGCGUGGAAACGCAAGCGUUAUUCAACUUUCUAAUUAAUUGUAAAUCGGCUAUCGCAGCAACCGGUGCCCUAGCCGGCGUUCCUCCUACGCUUUUAGCUCCGACGGCUUUCCACGGCGCCACGUUAAAAACGCUUAAAGUCCGAGAAAGUAUAGUACGCGUUGAUAACGAUAGAUAUUACUCUCUGGAACUGAAAGGACCUCUUUUACCGCAUGUGUUACCUUCUCUCUGUCAUUUGAUGACAUCUAGUCAAUUGGAGCAAUAUUCGGCAAGCUGCGCACAACUGGCAUCAACAACUCCGUUUUCUACGGCAAAGCAUGGCACAGGUUAUACGAGCGUCAAAGGUGAGGAUCGUAAUAACGUUACGAAAGUACCGCCUAACGUCUUUGGGCAAGAAAAUCUGAGUGAUUGUGGAUUCAACGAGGAAUUGUUGAGCUACUUUUGCAAUCCUGACCCGACCAGGAUAGAGGUCUUUGAAAGUUUUAAAUUCUUCAAUGGAUUAUAUACCUGGUCAUAGUGACACGAAUAUUUUUAAUAUAGAAAUAAACACGAAUUUAAGUACACAGGUUUGUAUUUGUCAAAUUUAAAUUAAUAAAAAGCAGCCUAAAUAUUUUGUCCUAAGUAUAAGGGCAAUAUGUUACAUCACUAGCAAGUAUUCAUUAGGAUACAAAAUAUACAAAAACAUACAAUUUGUUUGCUGUUGUAUAAUUGUACAAUGUACAUAUAUGUGUAAAAAAUAA